AUGUUGUCUCAGGGACCUAAUAUAGGGUUUGACGUAAACAUUCUUGAAAACUAUUCGGAAGAUCCAAACAUUGAGUUAUCUUUCCCGUUACCAACGGAUAAGGAUACAUAUGUAGACUUGGAGGCCAAUGAGAAGGUAGCCAACACUUGGUCAAUUCUCCAGAACUUCAUUAAAUUCACCACUGGUGUGGACUGGGACAGUAUCUACCACCCCAAUGAGUACACUUAUUCUAUCAAUAAGUACUCAAGUGCAUUUAACACGAAGAUGGCAAACUACAUGAAGGACAGAUUAGAGAACUCCGACGAAAAGCUCGACGAGUGUGUAGACUCUUUGGUGAACCAGGAGAUCAGAUUGAAUUUAAUUCAAGGUAAGGAUUAUGUAAGGCGGUUCAAAGAAGUUAAGGAAUUCAUGGUUAAGUAUUACACCCAGGAGAAUGAGAAGAACUUGCCUAAGUUUAUGACUAGAUCUUACAUGAGAGUAUGUUACUUGACAAUUAUGUCCCUUAUGAAGAAGAUGUUUCCCAACGGGAUUUGGUGUAGUAGAGAAGAAUUCUCAAAGUUGCACCAAAAAUAUUUGGAAAACCCCAUGUCAAUCAUAUUCUUGCCAAACCAUCAAUCGCAUAUUGAUUAUAUAAUUUUGCAUUUAGUCGCCAUUAGAUUCCAAUUAUCGACCCCAACUGUCAUCGCUGGUGAAAAUUUGAACGUUGCUGUCUUUGGAUCUAUCUUGAAAGGUUUGGGUGCCAUUUUCAUCAAAAGGUCUUUCAAUAAUGAAAUGUACACUGAGAGAAACUUGGCCAAUUUUAUCGAAUUUACCUUGUUGAACAAGAUUCAUUUCGAAGUGUUUAUUGAAGGUACUAGAUCAAGAGACGGGAAAUUGCUUCUUCCUAAGUACGGAAUUUUGAAGACUUUGGCUAAUAUCUACAUUAAACAAAGAGAGGAAGAAGGUAAUGACAACUUUGAUAUGUUGAUGCUCCCAGUCUCCAUUAGUUAUGAAAGGAUUUAUGAAGCUGAUGGAUAUUUAAGUGAAUUGAUGGGAAAGGAUAAAGUAAAGGAAUCCGGUGCCACUAUUUUCAAAAAUGGUCUUCGCCAUUUCUUUGGUGGCAGCGAAGGAUUAAGCAAUAUCAACGAAGAUUAUGACAAUUCUACUAGACAUUUGCAUGGAAAAAUAUACAUUAAGCUCGGAAACUUUUUCAGUCUUUCGGACUUCAUCGAACUGGAUUUGAAAUCUGCUUCUGAUAUGGACUUAAUCCCCGGUAGCAAGGUUAACUUAAAGAAAUUGGGUUACAAAGUGUUGCAUGAGAUCAAUAGAUGCUCCUUUCUUCCAAAGAUUUCUAUCAUUGGAGCGGCAAUACAGACCCAUUAUAAUUUGUAUAAACGCCAAAGAUUUGAUAUUUAUCAACUUGUUCCAAUUAUGAGAUUACUUAUCGAAGCAUUUAAGGAGGAAGAGAGCGAGAACAUUAUUAAUAUGUCGCUAUUAGAAAGUUUAUCCAGUAGCCUGGAUAAGGAAUUGGUGGAAAUGACCAGGGAACAAAUGCCACACUUCCUCAGAGAAAUCAAAGUUAAUUUGAAGACUAAUGAAAUCAUAAUUAAAGAUUCAAUGGAAUUGUUGUACUACAAGAAUCUCACAGUUCAUGUUAUAGUUCAUAAAGCCCUUGCUAGUUUUAUUUUACUCAGUUUGACGGACAAUAUGAGGAAUGCAAAUAUUCUCCACAAGAUGUUUUACAUCUUUACCGGAUUCUUAAAGCACGAGUUCCUUUUCGACUAUGACUAUAAUGACAAACACAAAUUAUCUAAUAUUUUGAAAAGUUUGGUUGCGAAUGGCAAGAUAGAAAGGGUAUUCCCUAACCCUAAUCUGCUGCGUCCUUCUUAUAAAAUUAUUGAUUACCAUUAUCUUAACUGCUUUUCAGAAAUCAUUAAGCCAUUCAUAGAAUCAUAUCUGAUUUGCAUAUACCAUUUGAACAAUAUUAUUACUAAAUUCAACGAGGAGCAUGGCUUUGUCGAUUUCAAGAAAUUGGCUAUUGAUGAUACAGGAAUUGACUAUCCACAUACAAAAUCCCUCUUUAAAGCAAUCCAGUCAAACCAGGAUUCUAAGAGCCUUAAUCACAUUGAAAGUACUAACAAGCAAUACUUAAUGUCGUGUUUGUAUUACAUCAAUAACUUGCAAUUGAUAGAAAUCAUCAAGAAUAAGAGAAGAACUAAGGCAUUUGUGUUGAUAUCAAAUGGGAAGGAUUUACAUUUCAUCUACACAUUCUUAAACACCCUUUUAAGAUGUAGCACACAGCUUGGGGCAGGAGACGACAAUGACACUAUCAAUGAAAUAUCUGUUGGUUAUAUGAUUGACAUUAUUGACAAGAACUUUGAAAGAGAUCCUGAGGAAUUGGUUACUUCGACAGAGAAUUUUGAAUCGGGCAAGCUUGUUGAUGUUAGUUUAAAGAGCAAGUUUUGA